AUGCCUACUGUAAUACGAGGGGAAGGCAACGGCACGUUCAUUGGAAUAGACGGUAGUUUCGCCAACGUGCUGGCAAAAACGAUGAACGCCACUCCGGUUUACUUGACUGAAAAGUAUUACGCCAAAAUUUUCUACGGCAACAAGAAAUACAACGGAUCGAAUUAUGGCACCAUGGCGGCUGUCGUCGACCGUCGUGCAGAGCUCACGGCAAACGGUCAUUUUCUUAGGGACUAUGGCUGCUACGUUGGGGAACUCACUAGACAUAUCACAAACGACAAAGUAUGCUUGCUAGCGCCGAAAGCUGGCGUUAUGCCACCAAUGAUUACUGUAUUGAAGAGUUUUCAAUACGAAGUGUGGAUAAUGAUGGCGGUUACAUACAUAGUGACUGCGCUGAUAUACUUUGCGGGGACUACGUUGAACACAACUCACACCGGACCUACAGGAUGCAACUUGGGACUGGAAUUGUACAGAAUGUUUAUCGGGGCACCUACUAACAGGGCUUUUGCCCAAUCAGGCCAGAAAAUGUUGACUUUGUUUUGCUUGCUGUACACUGUUGUCAUUUUAAACGCAUUUCAGGGGUCAUUAGUGACGUUUUUGAGUACGCCCAUGCACUAUCCAGAUUUAAACACUUUUAAGGAGUUGGAAAAGUCGGAUGUACCGAUUCGUACCUUUAGUUUAAGCUUUAAAGAAAUAUUAACCAAUGAUCCCAACCUGCGAAAUCUAGCCUCUAGAGUCGAAAAAUGGGAAAGCCAAGUCGAUUUGAAAAAUUCGGAUGGCUAUCACGUCGGAUUUCAACGUGUCAACGUAUUCAACCUUGGACAUUUCAAAGAUAUUUUUUAUUCCGGCAAUAAGACUAGACCACGUGCGUUGCACACCAUGAACGAAUGUUUAAUAUCAUAUUAUAUAUCCUACGUUGUUCACAGGCACUCGCCGUACAAGAAGAGGAUUAACACGGUAUUGUCGUGGAUAGAUCAAGCCGGAUUAGUGACCAAGUGGAACAGCGACGUUACUAAGUAUAUUUUUAACGAGUACAGACUCGUGAAUCCAAAGGAUCAUGAAAAAUCUAAAGUUUUUACCGUAAGAGAUUUGGAAGUGGCGUUUAUAAUAUUGUUUUUCGGUUUAGUUCUCAGCUUUUCAGUGUUUGUCAUAGAGCUACUGAUUUGUAAAAAGCCUAUCCAACAAUCACCUCAGCAUCUACCGUUUAUACUCUAACCG